AUGUUUGUUUUCGGAAGCUCCGUGGUCGACAACGGCAACAACAAUUUCCUAACGAACACGCGAGCCAGAGCCGAUUAUUUACCUUACGGAGUCGAUUUUCCACUCGGGCCUGCUACGGGCCGGUUUACCAACGGUAAAAACUUUGUCGACUUGUUGGGAGAAAAGCUAAGGCUACCAAACUAUAUCCCGAGUUUCUAUAAUCCUUCGACAAGUGGAAGCAAAAUAUUGCAUGGUGUUAACUAUGCCUCUGGUGGCUCUGGGAUUCUUGAUAGCACUGGUUCAGUUGCAGGCAAUGUGACAAGCUUGAAUCAGCAAAUAAGUAAUUUUGAGACAGUAACAGUGCCAGAUUUGGAGCAGCAAAAUAGUGGGAAAAGCCCUGAAAAGAUUGUGUCUGAGUUUGUAUUUGUGGUGGGGAGUGGAGCAAAUGACUAUACAUUUAAUUACUUUCUGGGAUUUGCUGGUAAUGUCACUGUUGAAGACUUUACUGCUAACCUAACCUCCAACCUCUCUAACCAACUCAAGAGGCUGUACAGUUUGGGUGCUCGUAAAUUUGUCCUAUUGGCAAUCAAUCCGAACGGCUGCAGCCCAAUGGCUACAUCCCGAGUCCCGGCUAAUAAUGGUUGUGUCGAAAGUCUAAAUCGAGCAGCCGAGCUGUUCAACAACCAGUUGAGGGACUUGGUGGACGAUAUUAGGCCUCAAAUCCCCGGUUCGAACCUCGUUUUCGUCAACGCCUACAAAAUUAUUAGCGAUAUCCUAAGAUUUCCUCGUCUUAGAGAUUUUCGCAAUACGAAUAGCUCUUGUUGUGAAGUGAUCCCGAUAAGUCAAGGCGGGACGGGAGUUUUGUGCAGACGAGGAGGCUCGGUUUGUCUGAACCGAGACGAAUACGUGUUUUUCGACGGCUUGCACACGACAGAGGCUGUAAAUGAAAUAGUUGCCACUAAGGCUUUUGAGUCCAUCCUUAGAAAUGAGGUCUACCCUUUUAAUGUCAGGUGGCUUUCACAUAUAUGA